AUGGAAACACGAUCUGCCGCUGCCAAGAGGAAGAAGCUUUUCUUCUGCAAAGGAAAUGAAUUCAUUCCCGAUCACCACAACAUUGAUCGCAUUAGCGAACUCCCCGACGCCGUUCUCCACCACAUCCUCUUCCUCCUCCCCAUCAAAACCGUCGCGCAGACCAGCGUCUUGUCAAAAAGGUGGCGUUCUCUCUGGUCCUCCUUCCCGGACCUCGACUUCACAACCUUAACACCAUUUCCGACACCAUGCUCCUCAUCCAAGUCACAUUCUCUGAAUUGCAAAGAGUCCGACUUUAUCACUCAGGUCCUCAACAACCGAGACAAGCACUCCGAUAUUCGGAUCCUCCGGUUUCGAGCUCGGCUGAGCUUCUCUCGUCUCAAUGGCCUGAUCCGGCUUGCAAUCAGGCACAAGGUGCAGGUGCUCGACGUGGAGGUUUUCACAGAGGAUUACUUCAACUUCCCUAGAUGUGUCCUCGCCAGUGAUUCUCUUAGGGUUUUCAAAUUGAAGUCCAGGAGACCUGGUUUUCGGCUACCUCCUUCUUCUGUAAUGACUAGUGGUUUUCGAUCUCUUCAGUCUUUGUCGCUUUCCCGGAUCAGUCUCUGCAACCAGCCCUCUCUCUCCGAUAUGUUCGCGGAGUCCUCUUUCCUUCUUCUCAAGAAAUUGAGCCUCGACACGUGUUUUGGGUUGAAGCGUCUUAGGGUUGGGUGCCGUGUGCUGCAAGAUUUAACCCUAGAGAACUGUUUUGAGCUGCAAGGGCUGGAUGUUUUGGGUUCGAAAUUAGAAAGGUUGCGGAUUGCGAAAUGUUUCGAUGGGUACAUUGAGAAGAGUUGGGUGAAGAUCGAUGCGCCGAGGCUUGUAGUGGCUUUGUGGGAACACAAUGGUCUCAGUGAUAAUAUAUGCAUAGAGAAUUUGAGUUACUUGCAUAAGGCCUCUAUUGGUUUGCUCCAUGAAGAUAUUAGUGUCACAAAGCUUCACAGUGUUUUCAAUCUUUUUUCGGCCCUCUCUCUUGCACAUUACUUGACACUUGAAAGCAAUUGUAUUGAGAUUCUAUCAAACAACAAUUAUUUUGCAGUUUAUUUGCAUCAAUUUAGCAAUCUGAAAUCUCUAGAGUUGCACACGGGUUUCAAGAAGAACAAUGUCCCUGGAUUAGCAUCCAUAUUCAAGAGCUGUCCUAUGUUGCACACUCUAAUACUAAACAUUAUUAACGAUUUCAAAACCGAAAGGAGGCAAUGGAACAAGGAUUUGUGGGAAAUGUCUAACUCAGAGGAAGAGAAAUACUGGGAAUCUCAAACUCAAAACUUGAGGUCAUUCUUGCAUCACCUGAAGAUAGUGAAGAUUCAUGGGUUCUUAGAGUGUGAGAAUGAAGUGAGCUUGGCAAAGUUCUUGCUCAAGCAUGGAAAGGCCUUGGAAGAAAUAUUUUUGUCUACCGGGCACUGCAAAGCCAGACACUCUCUUCAGAGAGAAAAGAUUAGGUCACAGAUGAUGGGAUUUUCUUGGGCGUCUUCAAAUGCUAAAAUUACAUUUAACUGA